ACCAAGUCGACGUUGUUACUCCAGGCUGAGCAUUACCCAAACAUUGCGUUUUCUGAACGACGUUGUAUUUUCUGGCUCAUUGUGUUUUUGCUGUUUUCUAGCAAAAAUGUCAAGCAGCAGUGAACUACCACCUACCUCAGGUUCCUCUGGAAGAUCAGUUUUUACUGUGUUUGGAUUUAAUGGGAACAGAUACUCCGACAUCGAUGACUUUGAUAAUCCUUUAGAAAAUGCACCUGAUUCAAUCAAUGCAGCUGAAAAUCCCCUGGCUUUGACCAAAAGAGAAAAAGCGUUAAGGAAAAAGUCUGAUACUUCUAAUCCGAUUCUUUCACCUGAGACAGGCAGUAUAAACUUUAACUGCUUCUCAACACUGAGUGAGAGGGGUGCUGAGGUGCCCAGCCCCAUCUUGGCUGCGUGUUUCGCUGGUGAUGUUGUAGGUGGUGAUGCUCGUAAGAUGCGCUUGAAUUUGUCAGACAACUCCAGAUUAGUUCUUCAGUCCCUGGCACAGCAAGCCAAGCCAGCCCCAGAGCAACACCAGCAGUCACAUGACAAGCACCACGCCUACGCCCGCCGCUACUCCAACCCCCAGGGUGACCCAGUGGAAGACACCUUUGACACCGAGGUCCUGCACAAGUUCAACAACACCGUCUGCACCUCCUCCAAACUUUUACUGACCAAUCACAACGCCGGCCGCAACUUUUACAGUAAUUUCGUUACCUACAGCAAAGACGAUUCACUCGCCGCCGCAUCCAACAACCAAUCGGAAACAAGCGACACCGGGUUUUCACAACGUGGUCUGUCCAGACGCCAGUCAACUCCUAAUCUCAUUGGGCUGGGGUCAGUCCAAACCCUGAGCCAGAGCAAAAGUUUUUGUCUGAGUAACUCAGAGUCCAGCGUAGAUCCCGACCACCACACUGGUAUCCUGACCAGCUACCUCGGCAGACAGCAAGCCCAGACCAUGUCCAUAACCCAACACACAGACAGUGAGAUGAAGGUGGCCGACACCUCGGCUGGCAACCCGUCAGCCCCACUGUACACCACCUCAGACAUGGCUGACAAUAUACACAAGAAAACCGGUUCAGGGUUCAGUCUCCUCACCCACACUCGCAGGUUCGGAGCCUGGUUGAGCAAAGCCACAGACGGAGAGAAGCUGGAUGUCACUAAGAAAGAUUUGAAUAUACUAGCACCUAAUUCUUUCUAAAUGUUUUAUUUUUCUCGCCUAAAUCUCAAGUCAGUGCUACUAGCUAAACCUUCUGUCGUAGUAGUCUUUGUAUAUAUCUGAAUGUUUUAAAAACGUCCUGCUUCUAUUUCUAACUCAAAAGUCAUAAUGUUUUAUCAUUUUCAAAUAAUUGUAUUUAAAAAAAAAAAGAAAUUUUACAAUAUAUUUUUUUUUUUGUAAAAGAUUUCUUUGGUCAUAUCCAUUAUCAUUAAGUUUCAUAUUAUUCAUGUAAUUAUUUGAACAUAGGGCAAAGACUAGCUAGUAGUGCUGUAAUAAGUCAGUGCUGGUUUGGAGUCUCUACUCCACUCAGUGCUCUUGUAUUUUAUUUGUAAACUGAGAGACAUUUUAAACUGCUGGUCACUGUACUAGCAUAUUAUCCCUUCACCUGCCACAGAAACAGAUGAACUCUACUUGAUCUGUUUUUUUUUUAACUCACAUGUGUAUUUACUUUCUCGUUUAAAUUGAAUAUUGUACUUUUGUAAAUGUUAAGAAAUGUACCUCUUGGACUUAAAGAUUGAAUACAUUUUUAUUUGUGCAAAUAAAAAAAGUAACAGAUAUUGUUUAAAGAUUAACUAACAUGUUACUUGUGUAAAUAUAAAAUUAACAAGUUGCCCAGUAAUGUAACGUAUGUUUCACCAAUAAUAACGUAACACUAGUCUUGUAUUAUCUGACUAUUGUUACUUCUUUUAUUUUGUUGUUCUAAACUUGUUUUCAAUGUACCGGUAACUAUGAUAAAUCUAGAUACAAAAGUUUAUUUUCUAACUUGAUGAUUUAUCUAGCUUAAGGUUGUGCAUUUUGUAAGUAGUACUGUACAGUUAACCCCCCUUAAAAGACACACACAUUGCAUAGAUUAAUUCAAAAUUACAUUCUAAUAUUUUGUACAAGUCUUUCACACAUUGAUUGAGAAAUUCAGUCAUUCAGAUUUUGAUGUAUAUUUGUAUUGUGGUACAGAAUUGAUCAUUGAAUUAGAUUUGAGGUCUUUGUUCAGCAAAUACUUCACAUGUACGUAGCUAGUCUGUUGUGGUAGGUUACCAUGAAUGUAAUUUACUUUGACAAUGUACAGCCCAAUGUGGUUGGUAUGUUGUUGUGAUUUUUUAAUGCAUGCUGUAUGUCAAAUGAUUUUAUUGAAAGGUUAUUAAAAUUGUUUUAAUUA